AUGACUGAGGGCGAUCUUCCUGAAUUACCGCUCUAUACUACGUCUCUCAAAAUAUCAGGGAGGAUCGAAACAUUAAGAAAUGGAACUUUCAGUGGCCUUCUUGGCCUGAAAGAGCUCGACAUGUCGGAAUCGCGGCACGACGGUUUAUUCACGACGACGGUUUAUUCACGGGCGGGAUUGGCAAGUUUUGUCGCAUAUCAUCGUCUGGACAUCGUAUACUGUUGGCAUCUAAGAAGACAGAGUCGUUUUCGUAAAAGCUACGUAAGAUGUAAUAAGAACCAAGCACAUUAUGAAAAUGACGCCUUCGUUGCUUACGCCGGCAGUAGUGAGGAGUGGAUUGUGCGGCAAUUUCUCCCGCACGUGGAGGGUGAAGGUCAGAGUACCGACCAGGGUCAAGGUAAAGGUCAGGACAUAAGCUUUAAAGUGUGUAUCCAUUCAAGAGAUUUCUUACCUGGGGAAUACAUCAUAGACAACAUAGUAGAGAAAAUGGAGGCAAGCAGAGCCACUAUACUGAUAAUCUCGCACAACUUUAUUAAAAGUGAUUGGUGUAAGUACGAGGUUGACAUUACUCAGGCAAAGGUGUUGCGGGAGAGGCGUGGGGCGAUCAUUGUUGUGUUUCUCGAGCAGAUACCUUAUAAACAGCUUCCCAAGACGCUUAGACUCAUGAAGCGUCACUUGACCUAUCUGGAAUGGCUGGAGGAAGAAAAUGAACACAAAAGGGCGGAGUUUUGGAAAAAGAUUAAACUUUCACUUUUGAAACGAAUUCAACAAACUAAUAGAAGUUCAGAUGAUAAUGACACACAAGUCUAGUUAGACCCCAUUAUUUUUAAUGUACUUUUUGUUCGUUUAUAUAGCGUAGGGGUGCAUUUUAUCCCAAAUAUACCCAGUAAUAAACGUAAUUGAAAUAUCCCAGAUAUGUGUGCGCACAAAAAAGAAUCGUGAUUUAUUAAUUCGCUAUAAAUAAGCGUUUUAAUGAAAAUGCUAUUAUUAUAACGAUUUUAUUUAUGCAGUUUACCUCUCUAUGCUCUGU